AAAAAAAAAAACAGAGCCUGCCCUUGCUGGAACAGGAAGUGGUAGAUGAACUAGCUCUCCUAGCUAGAUACUUCUAGUCGAUUAGGUUAGAUUGGCCUUUAUCUCAGUAGUUAAGAUGGGCCUUUUCGGUAGAACACCAGAGAAACCACCAAAAGAUUUGGUCAAUGAGUGGUCUCAGAAAAUUAGGAAGGAAAUGAGAGUGAUUGACAGACAAAUCAGAGAUAUUCAAAGAGAAGAGGAAAAGGUGAAACGCUCCAUUAAAGAUGCUGCCAAAAAGGGCCAGAAAGAUGUCUGUGUAAUCCUUGCCAAAGAGAUGAUUCAGUCAAAGAGGGCUGUAUCCAAACUUUAUGCUUCUAAAGCCCAGAUGAAUUCUGUGCUUUUAAGCAUGAAGAAUCAGCUCGCUGUGCUGCGUGUUGCUGGUUCACUGCAGAAAAGCACAGAGGUCAUGAAGGCCAUGCAGAAUCUAGUCAAGGUCCCUGAGAUCCAGGCCACCAUGAGAGAGCUGUCAAAGGAGAUGAUGAAGGCUGGCAUUAUUGAAGAAAUGCUAGAAGACACAUUUGAGAGUAUGGAAGAUGGGGAAGAAAUGGAGGAAGCAGCAGAGGAGGAAGUUGACAAGAUUCUCUUUGACAUCACAGCAGGAGCCCUCGGAAAAGCACCAAAUAAAGUCACAGAUGCCCUGCCAGAAUUGCAACCUGGUGGAGCAGCUGCAGCCUCAGAUGAAGAGUCGGAGGAGGACAUUGAAGCGAUGCAAUCCAGAUUGGCAGCUUUGAGAAGCUAAGGUGAUUGACACCUUCAAGUUUUUCAGCUGGCCGUUGGAUAAAGACAAUUUUGUUGCGAGGUUUACAGUCCUGAACACCCUCUUCGCGUCAUACUAUACUUUUACAUAAUCAUUUGGGUUUGACAUUGUGCUAUAAUAGUCAACAUUUUCGUUUCGAUGGCACACGACAAAAGGUGGUAUUGCUUCUUAAUGUGUAUAGUUAUAGGAUAUUUCAAAGUGUAUUAUUCAAAGUAAAUCUAAAGGUUGAGGAGCAUGUAUAUAAUGUUAGUAUGAUUAGCCUGUUGUGCCUACAGAUAUGCGUUGUUUCUUUACUCUUAAGUCAUGAACUGGACAAUGAAGUUCUGGAGUGCUUUUGAUCUGAACAAGAGACUGAAUAACUGUUGGAUAAUCACUCCAGUUUUCUCCAAACAACAAGCAUUUUAACUUGAUUUAAACUGUUUUUAGGUUACAGUCUUUCAGUUCACUUAUGAAUAUGUCUGACACUAAAAGUAAUGGGCUGGUGUUGUUUCUCUUCGUCAACUUUUUGUACUGUCUCCUUGUAACAAUCUUCUCCGUUUUCAAACAUGUUACCAAUAACUGCAUACAAAUUUAUUUUUGCAUCAACAUUUACCUUAAUUAGGUGUCAUUAAGCUUAAUUGCUGUAAAACAUUCAGUUUAAUUUUGCACCUUGUCAGUUGUGGAAGAUGGAGAGGAAAUGGAAAGGUUUAUUUGUGCACAGUUUGUGUCAAGUUUAAGUCUGGUCUGGUGUGUAAACAUUUUUCUAUUUGAAUGGUGUAAAAAAAAAAAAAAGAAUAAACUUUUAUGGAGCAAAUUGACACCUGGAAA